UUGGCCUUCUCAGUCACUGCGUAGAUUUCGGUGAUGCUUGAACUGUUCUUGUGCGUCCUAUCUUUCAGAUACGAAAAAUGUGGCGUUAGUUAUUUUUUUUAUACAAAUUGUGAUACAUACUAGCACUGCGAUGGAUUCUAAUGACGAAAUGGAUACAUCCGACGCAUCUACGUCUCGUCAUGGUCAAAGUUCUCCCAACGAAGAUGAUGAAAGUACUCCAUCAAAGAAAAAAGAAGAGAAGGAAGGAGAUAAUGAGGUUUGUUUGCUUUGCGAUAAACCUAUGACCGAAUCCACGCAGUGUACUGUAAAAAAAGUAGGUACACAAAAUUUCAUUCGAGCAAGUUUGAAGCGUAAGGAUAAAAAACACGAAGAUUUAGAAAAAUUAGAUGAAAUUAAAGUACAUAAGACGUGUCAGCGUACUUAUACGAGAGAAUCAAAUAUAAAAAUAGCGCUAAAACAGGCAACACAAGCAAAUCAACGAAAUCGCAAACGAAGACGAGAUGGACGAAAUUUUGAUAUUUUUUCAUAUUGUUUUUUUUGCUCUAACAAGAUGUUUAAUACGCAAAAAUGUAGUCGUGUAACAAAAAAAUCAACGAUUGACAACGUUAUAGCUCAAUUGGAUGUCUAUGAACCUUUUGAAAGAUCAUUUCGAAGAUGAAAUAGUAAUUUACUCAACGAGAAGCGAUCGAUUUAUUUGUUUAAAAACAACCUUAGGAAAAUGCUUGGAAGACAGUUGGUAUUCAAGUCGAAAUAAGAAUGAACAAGAGGAAAAGCAAAGAAUUGUGGAAAUGGCUGCUCAUAUAAUAUUACAAGACAUCCGAUCAUUAAAAUUUGAUACUAGUACGUACAAUUCACCUUCAAAUUUUCUACAUAAUGUUACAGAAGAUAUUCCUAAAACGUUAAAAUUAUUUCUUGACAUUGUAAUGAAGACACACAAACGAAAGCCGAAAAACGGGUCUUGGAAAAAAUGGGACAAUAGAGUUAGUACGUCAGCUCAUAUUUUAAUGACUGCAGUACGGCCGCGGUCGUUUUCUUCGCUAAUCUUAUUAGGCUUGUCUAGUAUGAUACACGCAAAAUUUUCGGCAAGGGGGCUCAUCGAUUGUUUAUAUAAUAUCGGCCUGUGUGCUUCAUAUUCGGAAACUGUUCGAUUUGAAAGUUCUAUUGUAAACGACCCGGAGCAAAUUGAUAUUAUCGCUGAUGCGUACUUGCAAUUUAUAUAUGACAACGCUGAUCAUAACACUGCAACGAUUGAUGGCAAAAAUACCCCACCUAUACCCCAAGUAUUACUUGAUCAAAUUGCAUGUAAAUGUAGUAAAAAGGGGUGCGUUGAUAACUUGUGUAUUUGUAAAAAAAGUGGUUUGAAAUGCUCUCAUCUUUGUGGUCAUUGUACCGACGAUACGUGUUUCAACUUUGAGACAAUAACUCAAGCAACUGAGCCUGACGAUGAAUCAACUAUCAACGAUAAUUUAAUUCAUAAUAAUAAUGAAAUAGUUGAACCAGAAGAUAUUAAUAAUAUCGAAAAUAUUGGAGAAAUAGAUUGUUCAGAGCCACCGAGAAAAAGAACUAGAAUUUUGUAAUUAAUUAACUAAUUAACUAACGCUAAUUAAUUAAUGCAAGACUUUGUAAUUUCUGUAAAAAGCGCAUUGUAAAAUAAAUUGUAUUUUUAGUUAUUAAUAAAAUGCCUACUUUGUG